CUAUGGGCCCAGGCCCAGUACCCGAAUCUCUUCCAAAACAUAAAAGCGGUUCGAUCGUUUCUUUCAUUUGGGCCUCCGGACCGUUGGAAAAUUUUCAGAUCACCGUUCUCUCUCCGCUAAACAAUCGCAGAGGGAAACGCCGUUCAGUCGUAGAGGCUGACGAGAGAGCGAAUUCCUCCGCCUUAGCUCGUCUUUACUCUGCCAUGGACUCACGCCACGCAUCUCUAGGCCGACGAACGUUGGAAGAUAUCCGCCAAAAGCGAGCUGCAGAAAAAUUGAGCAAAACUUCUUCGGGACCCGAUCUCAGCAAAGCCUCAAUCCCUAUCGACCAUGGAGGAAUGAGAAAAUCGGAAAGUGCAAGUCGGCUAUCUGAGAGCGACGUUGGCGUUUUGGUUGCUCAGAUAAAAGACUUGGAGAGGAAGAAUGCAGAACUGGAAGAACAAAACAAAAACUUGGCUUCCAUGCUUGAAACAAAGGAAGCUGGGGGUGACGUGCUGCAGAAACGUUUGAAUGAUCUGGAGAAAAACACUGUACCAUCUCUCAGAAAAGCUCUCAAGGACGUUGCAAUGGAGAAAGAUGCGGCAGUUGUUGCACGGGAGGAUCUUUCAGCUCAGCUUCGUACGCUCAAGAAACGUCUGAAAGAUGCAGAAGAAGAACAGUAUCGUGCUGAGGAAGAUGCAGCAUCCUUGAGAGCCGAACUGAAUAUGAUACAACAACAAGCAAUGAGUGGUACACUUAGUGCAGUAACAUCAAUUGCUAAUUCACCAGAUCAGAUACAAACUUUAGAAAAGGAGUUAGCUAGCUUAAAAUUUGAGUUACAGCGAGAGUCGCAAUUGAGGCAGCAAGAGCGACAACAAUUAGCAGAGGAGCAAGCCCGGGCAUCCACCCUUACAUCUGAAAAGCAGGAAUUGGAAGAAAAGCUUGCAGCUAUUUCUAGAAAGGCUUCAGAAGUCUCAGAGAAAGUGGCUGGCAAGGAAUUUUCAUUAGAGGACAAGGAGAAACUUGAGAAGCAGUUGCAUGACAUGGCUGUAGUGAUUGAGAAAUUGGAAAGCAGUAGACAAAAGCUUUUGAUAGAGAUUGAUUCCCAAUCUUCGGAGAUAGAAAGGCUUUUUGAGGAAAAUUCUAAUCUCUCAAGUUCCUAUCAGGAGUCAAUGAGCAUAUCAGUGCACUGGGAGAAUCAGGUGAAAGACUGUCUUAAGCAAAAUGAAGAGCUCCGUGGAACUUUAGAUAAGCUGAGAACAGACCAGGCCAAGGGGAUGCCAGAAUCCCACGAAGGCAGGGAUAAUGAGACUGGUUCAGCUGCAUAUACAACUAAAGUUCUCUCCAUCAAGGAUCAACUUGCAAAAGAACAGAGCAGAGCAGAGGCAUUAUCAGCCGAGGUAUUGCAGCUGUCCGCACGACUCCAACAAUCCACCCAAGCAUACAAUGGGCUUGCACGCCUCUAUAAACCAGUGUUGCGAAACAUAGAAAGCAGUCUCAUCAAGAUGAAACAAGAUGGCCCUGUGACUGUGCGGUGAAUGCAGAGGCAAAUCAGCACAACCCCCUUUGUAGAAAAAUUGGUCAAAGAAGCGCAUCUUCAGUUGUUAAGUUUUUCAAACCCAUUUGGGCUCGGCUUUUUUUCAUGUAUCAAGAUGUGCACUAGUGAAAAAAGUGGUAUUCUCUGUAUCAAACCCAUUUGUUGCACCGCAUUUCAAAGAAACGAUUUAAAUCCCAAAAAUUUCUGGCCUCAGCACAGGCAUCUCGAAACCUAAUAAUAUUUGUUACUUUGUGGAUAAGCAAAACAUUCAAAAUUGUACUUAUUCUUUCUACCCA